AUCAACUUGUUAAUUAUGGCAUAAAAUAAAUUCGAUGGGUUGUCAUUUACUCGUUAAACGGCCUUUAACUCAACGUGACGAUCAUCUCUUAGUUUCUGACUCAAAAAAGAGAGAAUAAAAGAAGUUGUUGUAGUGGGAAGGAGUAACAGAAGUUUUAUGUGAGAAAAAAGAUGGGAAACCCAACAGAUUCCGCGAAAUCAUCUGUAGACCGAAAGCAACCUGGUCAUGAUGAAUCUGGAAUGCCUCAAACUGAGCAUCCCACUGGCAACGAGACGUCUCGUCCUCAAGCGGAAAACUACCCACCUUCUGCUCCUUCAGGCGCUGGUGGUUCUGCGGGUACUCAAGGUGUCCCACUUGGUCAUCAGCAAAAUGCACAGCCAUAUCCGCCACAACAGACAUAUCCACCAGCACAGAACCCACAAAUGAAUAAUCCUGCAUACCAGCAACACCCUCAGCAACAUCCGCAACAACCAGGAUAUGCUCCAGCACAACCAGCAUAUCCUCAACAGACAUAUCCUCAAAUGCAACCCCCCACUAGUCCUUAUCUACAACAACAGCCUGGUUAUCCCACGGCAGGGGUUCCAAUGCAGCAAGCCCCGCCGAUGUAUAGACCACCACCUUAUCAAGCUCCUAGGCCUCCUGGUUCCAAUGCUUGGACUACCGGCCUAUUUGAUUGUAUGGACGACCCUAAUAACGCUCUUAUCACAUUUUGUGUCCCAUGCUUUACGUUUGGUCAGAUUGCCGAAAUCAUCGAUGAGGGGCAGACCACCUGUUCUACCAGUGGGAUAAUGUACGCUGCCGUCAGUUUCUUUACAGCGUUACCUUGUUUAAUAUCGUGCGGGUAUCGCUCAAAGUUGCGAAACAAAUAUGAUCUGAUAGAAGCUCCUGCAGCUGAUUGGGUGACUCAUGUCUUCUGUGAAGUGUGUGCUCUUUGUCAAGUGUACAGAGAACUCAAGAACAGAGGUUACGAUCCUGCAAUUGGAUGGCAUGGAAAUCAAAUGAGGCACCAAAUGCAGCAACAACAAGUACAGAUGGCCCCUCCAAUGAAUCAAAAUAUGAACGGAUGAAGAUGGUGUUCGAGGAGACUAUGAAAAUGGAAAGAUGAUGAUCAAGAAUUAUUCCAGCUUUUUUAGUUUGAUGAUUGUGAUUUGUGUUGAUUCGUUGCAAUUAUUUUAUCAAAAUUAUAAGUUUUUCUCUUUUUGGUGUUUUUUUCGUUUGUUUGUAAUUUCAAACUUAAUUUCGGUAUUGAUGCAUCA